AUGGGCGAUCGCGAGGAGGCGCCCGGGGGGCUGCGGGGCUUCGCCCUGGACAAGGAGUUCCUGCGCUCCCCGAAGGGGGUGCUGAUGGAGGCAGAGCUGGGCCUCUGCUUCCUAGUUUUCUUGCUGUUAACAGCAUCCAUUUCGGCUUAUAUGGGCGCUGCCCUGCUGGAGGUGUUGGUGACGCUGGCGUUCCUAGGACUGCGAGCGACCCACUACUACGAGCGUCUGACCCGCAUGAACUGGCCCUGCCUGGACUUCCUCCGCUGCAUCAGCGCCGCAAUUGUCUUCACCGUUGUGGCCUUCGCGGUGAUCGCUGCCAGUCACAGUGGCUCCGCCGUGUCCGCUUUUGUCUUCAGCCUUAUCCUCAUCGCGGUCUUCUGCUUCGAUGCCUACAAAACCUACAGGGCAGAAAUGGGAUCAGACCAGGAUGCGGAUCUCGGCUGAGGGGACUGGCGCCCCCUGUGGGUGAAAUCUUCCUGCACAUGCCGCUGCCACUACCCCACCCGUCUCUCCACCUUGCCCAGACCCCAUCCUGCUAAGAUCAGCUGGCUGUGUUCUUCCACUGAGGGCCAAAGCUCGUGAUAACCCAGACAUGGCCUCCUUUUGCACCUCGCCUCUGUGGGAGUGA